AUGACACUGCACAAGUGGUGCAGUAAUCAUGCUGAACUUGCGGAAGAUCACACCUACUCCUUUCCUAAUGAAGAAGAAUCUACAACACUUGGAGUACCCUGGAGGUCUAGAAGAGACUGUUUCUGUUUUAGAGUGAAAAUCGAUAAAGACAUAGUUGUUACCAAACGACAGAUGCUGUGCACAAUUGCAAGAUUGUUUGACCCGAUUGGUUUACUAGGGCCAAUCAUAAGUAAAGCCAAAAUAUUCCUCCAACGGUUGUGGUUGUUAAAGCUAAAUUGGAAUGAACCAUUCCCGAAAAAGGAAGCCGAUGAAUGGAAGAAGUUCUCUACUGAAUUGAAAGUUUUAAGUAAAACAGAAAUUGAAAGGUUUAUUCUUACUGCAGAAGUAGACUAUGUGGAACUUCAUGGAUUUGCAGAUGCCUCUGAGGUAGCAUACGUAGCAACCAUAUAUUGCAAGUCCCGUUCAAGAGAUGGAGAAGUGAAGACAAGGCUAGUGACUAGUAAAUCCAGAGUCUUGCCUAUAAAACGUGUUACAAUCUCGAGACUGGAGCUUUGUGCGGCAGUCCUGCUUGCAAAGUUAACUGUUAGAGUAAUAUCUGCAUUAGAAAUUCCUGUGAAUAAAGUGUAUCUGUGGAGUGACUUUAUGAUCGUGCUUUAG